GCUGCCAUAAAGAUAUCCAUCACACAUUAAUUAGAUCAAUCGCUUGAGGUGCUAUAUAUCUUACACAAUUUCAGCGACAUUCAUCGUGAGAUAAACCAUGUUGAGAGUGAUGAGGAGCUUGGUGACCGUUGUAUUGCUAGCUAUUGCUAUUUCCUCACCUGCUGCAUCUCAGAACCCAGUGCUUGACACGGAUGGGAACCCUGUCCAGAGCGGUGUGCAGUACUACGUACUGCCUGGCGUGACUGAUGUUGCGGGUGGCCUUACCUUGGUCAGACGAACUGAUCAAUGCCCACUUUAUGUCGGGCAGGAGCCCCUAGCGCCAGUAGUCUCCAGUGGACUUCCGGUCAUCUUCACGCCAUUCGCAACUGGAGAGAGUAUAAUUCGGGAGGGCAGGGACACUGGUGUACAGUUUGACGCAGCAAGUGUCUGUGUCCAGUCGACUGCAUGGCGGGUUGGCCCUGAGGAUCCUGACACCAACCGGCGAUUCAUCGUGACUGGCGGGGAGAGAGGGUACUUUAGGAUUGACAACAACGGUGGUAUCUACAAUUUGGGAUGGUGCCCUAGCGAAUCGUGCCCUAACUGUAGGCCGAGGUGUGGGUCCGCUGGGAUUUUGGUCCAGAAUGGGACAAGGUUUCUGCAAUUGGAUGGGGAUGCCUUUCCAUUUGUCUUUAGGAGGGCUUAAGUGCAAUUAACGUGAAAGCAGUCGGCUUUCCUGUAUAAUAAGUAAAUAACGGAUUUCCCUAAUCCCUUCGUAUGAUCACUGUGUUGAAUAUUAAAUUUAUCGUUUGUAAACCUCGUUGCUACUUAGAGGGAACGAAAAUAAAGUGUAACUAUAUGCUUCUGCUUGACAAAAAUUUGGUGA